AUGGCCAACUAUGCUAAGAAGGGACAUGUCGGCUCUCUGGGUGCGGUUGUGCCCAUGAAUAACCUGAACAGGCACGGCCAAAACCCGCUAGGACCGCAGCGGCCGUCACCUCUGCGCCCCCGAUCCAGCUCGCCGCCUGCGAAGCGGCAAAAGAUUGAAGGACCCAAGACUGCUACCUGCCACUUUGCCUCCCGUGAGACUAGCGACAAGCCCAUGAAUCGCAAACGUUCUUUCGGAAGCCAGAGCGAUUCCCAACAUAGGGUGAAGUCGCACUCAUCUGACACUGUUAGCACGCAGGCAACCAUUCAGGAGUAUCGAGAUGACAACACGGUCCCUAUCGACGCCGAACAUGAAAUUGGUGGGGAUGGCGAUGGGGACGUUGAAGUUAAGAGUCUCAAAGGUGCGACGGCUCCCCAUAGGCUGCAGAACAGAGAGAACCAGCAAUACACCACGAAGAUGGGGAGUCGCUCCAGGAGACUGGAUGCACCCCGUGAUGAUGCAGGGGCGAGCAGGGGCAUCCACAAGCCUGAGGACUCUAGUCCGGAUGAGCUGGCCCUGGAUGAGCAAGACAUGCUAGAAAAAGUGCCAACUAGGCGGAUCGUUACCCCCUCGCCAAGCUUAUCUAAGAAGGCGGAUAUUAAACGACCAAAAUUAUCGCCUCUAUCUCAUCCUAGACCUCAAGGCCCCCCUAGAAUCGUUGACGUGCCGAACAUGCAUAUGGAUGCAGCCAGGAAAAUCAUUGGUUCCGGGCUUCGCGUUCUACGGGCCGUCUCGGGUCGUUGCGGCUACGAGGCGGAAAAGGCUGGUGAACUAGGCGCAUGCUAUUUAAAGCUGCAGACAGUAAGCCAUAUCCUCCAUCCGACAGACACCAACGGCAAAGCUAUGGAACAAUGCGAAUACCUUCUGGUCAACCUCCAGAAAGUACUGCGUGUCGAAUUUUCAUCAAGCCCGAACUGUCGUGUAGUUAAGAUACAACGAUCCGUGGAUGCCUCUAAGGGUGCUCUCCAAAAGCUCAUACUCGAGUUCCAUUCUCACGAGGAGCUGGACCGCUUCAUGGAGUGGGCAAGAUUGUCCAGAGAAGGCGUGCCUUCGCUACGUUUCGAGGAAGACGCUUCUCAAGACAGCCUCCAGCAACAACUCUCACACCUGAUGCAGGAAGCGAGCAAGAACACCACCAUUAGGAACAGUAACAUGUACUCAACCGAGCCAGGGGAUGACGUGAAGCUUAUCAAGCACAAUGCGGCAGCUCGUGCUGAACAGGCAGAAUUUGCGGGCCGGCCGCGUAACCAAGUCCGCGAGGCCAAGGCCAAGGAUUUAAUGAAGCCUCUUUCGACGUCUCUACCGAGUUCGGACGGGGCGGUUGUGCUAGAUGAGUCUCGGCGCCGCAAGCUGCCGCGACUAUCGCAUACGACUCGUGCCACGUUUGCACUGGAAAGCUCUCCUUCGGAUUCCGAUCUCUCCUCCUACGAAUGUUGGUCGGUUAAUAAUAAAGGCUGGGAGAAGCGCUGGCGCAAUUCUGUCGUCUUCCCUCCCCAUGGCAAGAAUCGAGCUAUCGUCGACAAGGACGACAUCCCGCGAUUGGACGAGGGCCAAUUCUUAAAUGAUAAUCUGAUUGUCUUUUAUCUGCGGUAUCUCCAGCAUUCCUUGGAGGAGGACCGGCCGGACCUUGCCCAGAGGAUUUAUUUCCAAAAUACGUUUUUCUAUGAGAAGCUCAAGUCGGCGAGGGCGAACCAGGGUAUUAACUACGACAGUGUCAAGGCUUGGACCUCUAAGGUCGAUCUCUUCACCAAAGACUACAUCAUCGUCCCUAUCAACGAGUUCUCUCACUGGUAUGUUGCGAUUAUCUACAAUACACCAAGAUUACUCCCCUCUUCGGACGGGGGAGAGGAAACAAUAGAUGGUACCCACUUCAAGGACACGAUCACCAUCGAAGACGGCAUAGCCGACUCUGGAGACGCCUCCCCCCUCUCUCUGCGUAGUGGGAGGGCGGGGCCCGUGGUGGCGGAGGCUGCGACGACCACUACAACACAGAACGAUGUGAUCAACAACUUGAGCCGUAUGUCAAUUAACAGCCCAGAACCUCGAGACAGUGAGACUAAGCAGCCAAUAGCCAGGGGUCAGGACAGCCGGCGGAAGACAGACGAAGUAAUCAGAGAAUCAAGCGAUUGUAAGGCUGAUGUAGGACGGAUUUCGCUGCUGAACGACACCCCUCCGCGAAAGAAGACAACGAAGAGACACAGUAUACCCCCUCGGAAGUACAACGUAAAUCAACCAAGGAUUAUCACGCUCGACUCGUUGGGAUUGUCACAUUCGCCGGCUUGCAAUAUCCUGAAACAGUACUUGGUUGCGGAGCUCGAGGAUAAGAAGGGUAUCGCAAUACCGAAGCUCGGGUCCCUAGGUAUGACUGCCAAGCCUGUCCCUGAGCAAACAAAUCACUGCGACUGUGGUCUAUUCCUCUUAGGAUAUAUUCAAGAGUUCCUUAAGGCCCCUGACGCGUUUGUGCGGAGUCUCCUCCAACACGAUGACCGCAUUGAUUGGGACCUCCGGCCAUCGCAGCUUAGAAACGACAUCAGGGAUUUGCUUUUUCAGUUGCAGAAGGAACAGCAAGAACGAGAAGACUCCCGCAUGGAAGCGAAACGCAAGGCCGCUCUCGCCAAGGCGGAUAAGAAUAAAGUAAAUAAGCGGUCGCCCUCUCCGAAAGACGCAACGCCGACGGGGGAUCAAGUCAUCCAGCAGCAAGCUUCCGAACUCAUCAAGGAAGAAGUUGCUGCCACAGUGGAAGCCGUAGACACGCCCACCACAGAGUUGCCUGUCUCUCAAACGGCUCAUCCGGAAUCUAGGCCGCCGUCGGACCCUGAAGGGGAGCAUCAUGUUCCUGGUUUCUUUCCUCAGUCCCCGGCUACGGAGAGCACACGUACAAAAGGCAGCCCUCCCAUUACUAGCGUUGACGAUUCCAAGGAAGUUGAGACCGAGGAGUUUAUUCCUCUACUGCCCAGUUCUACGUGCGGCUCUUCACCUACAAAGCCCAUGGUCGUCGAGGACUCCCCAGAACAUAAGCAGAUGAAUCUUCCCAGUAGUUGCGAUUCCGAGCGAGUCAACUCGUCAUUGGAGGUGGCUGUAAGCCCCAUAAAGCCUCGCGAAAGUCUUGAUGGACCAGAUAGUAAGCAUGGAAAGCAAGAUCCGGGAGGGGCACCAAUAGCAAGUCCCUUCGCGGGCCGGCAGCCUGGUGACAAGAUGGCUUCGGCGAAACUGCGCGAAGGGAUUGAAGCGCACGUUGUCGUCGAUAUUUCAGACUAG